UUUUUAAUAUUUUUAUUUAUUUAUCUGGAAAAUGAAUUAAUUAUCAGGUGGUAGACUUUGUCACCUACUUAAACGCCCAAACCAAAACCCCCCAUUUUUCUCCAUAUCUCUCUCGCAUUUGCCUUUCUCUGUUCCAUUCCCAAUUUCUCAGCCCGCCCAUCGUCAUCAUCACCAUCAUGUCUCUCCUCUCUGAUCUCAUCAAUCUCAAUCUCUCUGAUUCCACUGAGAAGAUCAUCGCUGAAUACAUAUGGAUUGGUGGAUCUGGUUUGGACUUGAGAAGCAAAGCAAGGACUCUGCCCGGACCGGUGACGGACCCAGCAAAACUCCCCAAGUGGAACUACGACGGUUCAAGCACCGACCAAGCCCCAGGAGACGACAGUGAAGUCAUCUUGUAUCCCCAGGCUAUUUUCAAGGACCCAUUCAGAAGAGGAAAGAACAUCCUGGUGAUAUGCGAUGCGUACACACCGGCUGGGGUGCCAAUCCCCACCAACAAGAGAUUCAAUGCUGCCAAGAUAUUCAGUCACCCCGACGUUAUUGCCGAGGAGCCUUGGUAUGGCAUUGAGCAAGAGUACACUCUUCUUCAGAAGGAUACUAAAUGGCCUCUUGGAUGGCCAGUGGGUGGCUUCCCAGGUCCACAGGGACCCUACUAUUGUGGUGCCGGGGCUGACAAGGCCUUUGGUCGUGAUAUUGUGGAUUCACACUACAAGGCCUGUCUCUAUGCAGGAAUCAAUGUCAGUGGAAUCAAUGCUGAAGUUAUGCCAGGCCAGUGGGAGUUUCAAGUUGGCCCUACAGUUGGUAUUGCUGCUGGAGAUCAACUAUGGGCUGCUAGAUACAUCCUUGAGAGAAUCACAGAAAUUGCAGGAGUUAUUCUUUCGUUGGACCCAAAACCAAUCCAGGGUGACUGGAAUGGUGCUGGCGCUCACACUAACUACAGUACCAAGUCAAUGAGAAAUGAUGGCGGAAUUGAUGUGAUCAAGAAGGCGAUUGAUAAACUGAGUUUGUGCCACAAGGAGCACAUUGCUGCAUAUGGAAAAGGCAAUGAGAGGAGAUUGACUGGUCGCCAUGAGACUGCUGACAUCCACACUUUCUCUUGGGGCGUGGCAAACAGGGGAGCCUCCGUCCGUGUUGGUCGUGAUACCGAAAAAGCUGGGAAAGGAUAUUUUGAGGACCGAAGGCCGGCGUCCAACAUGGAUCCAUACGUAGUGACUUCCAUGAUCGCUGAAACCACCAUUCUCUCCAAGUCUUAGAGAUGGAGUUGGCAGUUGGGGGAGGAAAGCUCUAUCCAUUGCAAAUAACUCUUUAUGAGUCUCUCUCUACUUCAUUUGCCUGCUUUCGGUUGAUUGGUUGCUGUUCUAACGAUUGUAUAAUCGUUGAUUUGUCCAAUUUCUAGUUUUGUUGUCUAAAAAUCUGUAAUAAAAAGGUAUUAGCUAUA